ACCAGCACUACUCCAUUCGCUACGUACGUGCAGCAAUGAAUUCGCGGUGGACCUAGCAAUUCCCCACCCUUCCCGCUCCACACACACCUACAACAACAUCUCCUCCACACACACACACACAAAAAAAACGAGUACAGCAACAAGCCGGCCGUCAUCCACCUCGACCCGCCUUCUUCUCACGUAUAUAAACGCGCUGCACUCCGCACCGUUGCCGGACCUCCCAGUUCACAACUCCGAUCGUCCCAUAAAGCGUCCAGCUUCCCUCCGCUAGAUCAUCAGCGCCACUCAGCAGAGGUACGAGCAGAUCGAUGGGGCCGGCACGCUGCGCCGAUGGCCGCCGAUGGCUCCUCCUCCUGAUCGUGCUCGCCGUGGCAGACUUCGGGGCGGCGCAGCAGAACCAGAACCCGCCGCCGCCGGGCGGGCAGUACUACACCAACUUCAGCCCGUCCAUGGCGAUCGUCAUCGUCGUCCUCAUCGCCGCCUUCUUCUUCCUCGGCUUCUUCUCCGUCUACAUCCGCCACUGCUACGGCGACAGCCCCUACUCGGCCACCACGCUCCCGCUCGGCGCCGGCGCGGCGGCGCGCUCGCGGCGGCAGCAGCGCGGGCUCGACCCGGCCGUCCUCGAGACCUUCCCCACCAUGGCCUACGCCGACGUCAAGGAGCACAAGGCCGUCAAGGGCGCGCUCGAGUGCGCCGUCUGCAUCAGCGAGUUCGACGACGACGAGACGCUCCGCCUCCUGCCCAAGUGCUCCCACGUCUUCCACCCGGACUGCAUCGACACCUGGCUCGCGUCCCACGUCACCUGCCCGGUCUGCCGCGCCAACCUCGUCCCCGACGCCGACGACGCCGACGCCCCGGCCGCCGGCGAUCAGCCGGCCGAGCUGUCGGGCGUCCAUCCCGCCCCGCAGCCGCAGGAAUUGCCGGCGCCUGAGGCGGAGGCGGCGCAUGCCGUCGUCAUCGACGUGGAGGAGAGCGAGGACGAGCGGAUCAUACGGGAGGAGACCGACGAGCUGACGCGCAUCGGCAGCCUGAAGCGCGCGCUGCGGUCCAAGUCCAGCCGCGGGCCCGCGCGCUUCCCGCGCUCGCACUCCACAGGCCACUCGCUCGCCACGCGAGCCAGCACCGGCACCGGCGCCGGCGCCGAGAGGUUCACGCUGCGGCUGCCGGAGAGCGUGCUCCGGGAGGUGGUCGCGGCCGGCAAGCUCCGGCGGACGAAGAGCCUCGUCGCGUUCACGGCCGGCCGCCAGGGCAGCAUGCGCCGCGCCCUCCGGCUAGGCGGCGGCGGCGGCGGCGACGGGAGCAGCCGCGGCGGGAGGAGCGUGCGGCUGGGCCAGUCCGGGCGGUGGCCAUCGUUCCUGUCGCGGACCUUCUCGGCGGCGUGGGGGUCGAGGUCGACACGGAGGGCCGAGUCGGACGGGUCGAGCAAGGGCGGGAAGCCGGCCGGCCCCGGCGGCAAGUCAGUGGAGUGCAACGACCAGGCGUGCGCGGCUGGGCAACGUGUUUAGUUUGACCCGGGCCGUGGUCAAACGGUGCGUGCUUGCGUGCCGCUUGCUGGGAAUGGGAAGGAAACGGCCGUUGCUUUCCGUUUGUCCCGGUGGAACUUCUCUGCUUGGUGGUGGAUUUUUUGUAGGGUCAUUCAUUUUUCUUUUCUUCAUUCAAGAAACAUGUACAUAAAAUGGUGUUUGGUUAAAUUAAAGUAGAUAUUAUAUCCACAAAAAAGAGAUUAAAGGAGAUAUUCCUGUCAAUUUU